UCGCGCAAACCAGUUGGCCUGCUACGCUAUACAGCAGUCUAGUACAGGCUGCGACAUCAUGACGAGUUAGAGCAGUCCUGGCAGGGCAUAACACUUUGUUUUUCAGGAUGUACGUGUUUUUAAAUAGAAUACCUGCCAUAGGAUUAUUUUGUCAGGUAUAGUGACAAACUACCCCAAUCUUCAGCUACUCCUGUCUGAUAUAUCACAUCAUGACAAUGUAUUGUUGACUAGGUUUUAUUGAUGAAUAUGACUAUACGGCUCAAGAAUCAACAGAUAAAAUACUGAAUUAAUGAGAAGUAAGGCUGUGAUAUGGUGCCCCUCAUUCGGAAGAGCAAUUCACAUCAUGUAGUAGCUUAAUAUCCUUCCCUUGUAUACCUCCCCCAUCCCGAUGGAGUCUGCAUCGACUUCCCCUCCGCGCGGCUUGGGAGCGCCGCAGAUCGGCAAUAAGAACGUUUUAUUCCAGUCAAGAUGGAGGGCUAUUGCCUACUGAGGGGAAACCCAACAGCGUGACCGUUGCGGGACAAUAUUCGCACUUUCAAUGUAAGGCUGACCCGCCUUUCCGCAGAUCUAACGGAGUCGAAUAUUUAGUGAUAUUUUGAAGUGACGUUAUUCCAGCAAUGAGCUCGGGCGACGGGAUAGAUGAGGGUCCGAAUGAUGCGGCCGACAUAGCGGCGUUUUUCAAAUCUGAUUGUUCUCUCACGCAGUGUGAACCGAAACUGGAGGGACCAAGCAGCCAAUCAUCAGGGUUCCACGACCAUGAGGACAUGAAGGCCAUAGACGUGCUGCCCAUCCUCAAGGAGAAGGUGGCCUUUCUUUCAGGUGGUAGAGAUCGACGUGGCGGGCCCGUCCUCACCUUCCCCGCCAGGAGCAACCACGACAGGUUCCGCCAGGAGGACCUGCGCAGGCUCAUCACCUACCUCGCAGCAAUCCCCAGUGAGGAUGUGCGUAGAUAUGGCUUCACGGUCAUUGUGGACAUGCGCGGCUCCAAGUGGGACUCCAUCAAACCUCUGCUGAAGAUCCUUCAGGAGUCCUUUCCUUCCUGCAUCCACGUGACGCUUAUCAUCAAGCCUGAUAACUUCUGGCAGAAACAGAGAACCAACUUUGGCAGCUCCAAGUUUGAAUUUGAGACGAUCAUGGUGUCGCUGGAGGGCUUGACCAAGGUAGUGGACCCCUCCCAGCUCACCUCCGACUUUGACGGCAGCCUGGAGUACAACCACGACGAGUGGAUCGAGAUCAGGAUGGCGUUCGAGGAGUUCGCCAGCGAGGCUGCGCGGGCGCUAGCUCGGCUGGAGGAGCUGCAGGAGACGCUGGCUCAGCGCGACCUACCCCGCGACCUGGAAGGAGCGCGCCGGCUCAUGGAAGACCACGCGGCCUUGAAGAAACGUGCCACCAAGGCGUCUGUGGAGGAGCUGGACGCCCAGGGACGCCGGCUCCUCCAGAAGCUGCAGGCGGCGGCUAACGAGGGCUACGCUAACCGCGGCGCGGCUAACGACGCUAACGAGGCCCACAGCCUGGCGCCCAAGGUGACGGCGCUGCUGGACAAGCUGCACACCACCCGGCAGCAUCUGCAGCAGCUCUGGCACAUGAGGAAGCUGAAGCUGGAUCAGUGUUUCCAGCUGCGGCUGUUCGAACAGGACGCGGAAAAGAUGUUUGACUGGAUCUUGCACAACAAGGGCCUGUUCCUGACCAGCUACACGGAGAUCGGUGGGUCCCACACCCAGGCCGCAGAACUCCAGACCCAGCACAACCACUUUGCCAUGAACUGCAUGAACGUGUACGUGAACAUCAACAGGAUCAUGUCUGUGGGGAACCGUCUGCUGGAGUCUGGUCACUACGCCUCGCAGCAGAUCCAGCAGAUCUCAGGGCAGCUGGAGCAGGAGUGGAAGGCCUUUGCCGCCGCGCUGGACGAGCGCAGCAGCCUGCUGGAGAUGUCUGCCUCCUUCCACCACAAAGCUGACCAGUACAUGGGCAGUGUGGAGCCCUGGGGCAAGGCGUGUGGGAAGGGAGAGCUCCCGUCAGAACUGCAGGAGCUGGAAGAUACCAUCCACCACCACCAGGGGCUGUAUGAGCACGUCACUGCUGCAUACUCUGAGGUGAGCCAAGAUGGUAAGUCCCUGCUGGACAAGCUGCAGCGGCCCCUGACCCCAGGCAGCGCUGACUCCCUGACGGCCUCGGCUAACUACUCCAAGGCGGUUCACCACGUGCUGGACGUCAUCCACGAGGUGCUGCACCACCAGCGGCAGCUGGAGAACGUCUGGCAGCAGCGCAAGGUGCGCCUGCACCAGCGCCUGCAGCUCUGCGUCUUCCAGCAGGACGUGCAGCAGGUGCUGGACUGGAUAGAGAACCACGGUGAGGCGUUCCUCAGUAAGCACACGGGAGUGGGGAAGUCUCUGCACAGGGCCCGCGCCCUGCAGAAGAGACACGAGGACUUUGAGGAGGUGGCCCAGAACACCUACACCAAUGCUGACAAGCUGCUGGAAGCAGCAGAGCAGCUGGCCCAGACGGGCGAGUGUGACCCGGAGGAGAUCUACCAGGCGGCCCGUCAGCUGGAGGACCGCAUCCAGGACUUUGUACGGCGCGUGGAGCAGAGGAAGAUCCUGCUGGACAUGUCUGUGGCCUUCCACACACACGUCAAGGAGCUGUGGACGUGGUUGGAGGAGCUGCAGAAGGAGCUUCUGGAUGAUGUGUAUGCUGAGGCGGUGGAGGCGGUGCAGGAGCUGAUCAAGCGCUUCAGCCAGCAGCAGCAGACCACCCUGCAGGCCACUGUCAACGUCAUCAAGGAGGGAGAGGACCUCAUCCAGCAGCUCAGGGACUCGGCCGUCUCCAGCAACAAGACGCCCCACAACAGCUCCAUGGCCCACAUCGAGACGGUGCUGGCCCAGCUGGACGAGGCCCAGGGCCAGAUGGAGGAGCUGUUCCAGGAGAGGAAGAUCAAGCUGGAGCUCUUCCUGCAGCUGCGCAUCUUCGAGAGGGACGCCAUCGACAUCAUCUCAGACCUGGAAUCGUGGAACGAGGACCUGGCGGGCCAGAGGGGUGAGCUGGACACGGAGGACCUGGCUCUGGCUGAGCAGAGGCUGCAGCACCACGCUGACAAGGCCCUGACCAUGACCAACCUGGCCUUCGAUGUGGUGCACCAGGGCCAGGAGCUGCAGCAGUACGUCACCGAGGUGCAGGCCACUGGUGUGGAGCUCCUGUGUGACAGGGAUGUGGACAUGGCCACGCGUGUUCAGGACCUGCUGGACUUCCUGCAUGAGAAGCAGCAGGAGCUGGACCAGGCAGCUGAGCAGCACCGCCGACACCUGGAGCAGUGUGUGCAGCUACGCCACCUGCAGGCCGAGGUCAAGCAGGUGCUGGGGUGGAUUCGUAACGGGGAGUCCAUGCUAAACGCUGGGUUGAUUACAGCCAGCUCCCUACAAGAGGCAGAGCAACUCCAGAAGGAACACGAGCAGUUUCAACAUGCCAUAGAGAAGACCCACCAGAGCGCCCUGCAGGUGCAGCAGAAGGCCGAGGCCCUGCUCCAGGCCAGCCACCACCACAUGGAGCUGAUCAGGGACUGUGCCGAGAAGGUGGCCGACCACUGGCAGCAGCUCAUGCUGAAGAUGGAGGACAGACUCAAGCUGGUCAACGCCUCCGUGGCCUUCUACAAGACCUCGGAGCAGGUGUGCAGUGUGCUGGAGAGUCUGGAGCAGGAGUACAAGAGAGAGGAAGACUGGUGUGGGGGAGCCGACAAGCUGGGGCCCAACAGUGACUCAGACCACGUCACUCCCAUGAUCAGCAAACACCUGGAGCAGAAGGAGGCCUUCCUGAAGGCGUGUACCUUAGCCAGACGCAACGCAGACGUCUUCCUGAAGUACCUGCACAGGAACAGCGUCAACAUGCCAGGCAUGCUGGCCCACGUCAAGGCACCUGAGACACAGGUCAAAAACAUCUUGAACGAGCUGCUGCAGAGGGAGAACCGGGUUCUGCACUUCUGGACCCUGAGGAAGCGCCGGCUGGACCAGUGCCAGCAGUACGUGGUGUUCGAGCGCAGCGCCAAGCAGGCGCUGGAGUGGCUGCAUGAUGCUGGCGAGUUCUACCUGUCCACACACACCUCAACGGGCUCCAGCCUCCAACACACCCAGGAGCUGCUGAAGGAGCACCAUGACUUCCACAUCACCGCCAAGCAAACCAAAGAGCGGGUGAAGUUGUUGAUCCAGCUGGCAGAGAGCUUCUGUGAGAAGGGCCACGCCCACGCUCAGGAGAUCAAGAAAUGGGUGGCGUCCGUCGACAAGCGCUACCGAGAUUUCUCCCUGCGCAUGGACAAGUACCGCUCGUGUCUGGAGAAAACGCUGGGCAUCUCGUCUGACUCCAACAAGACUAGUAAAGACCUGCAACUGGACAUCAUACCGGCCAGCGCGCCGGAGUUAGAGGUCAAACUGAGGGAUGCCGCCCACGAACUGAACGAGGAAAAGAGGAAGUCUGCUCGCAGGAAAGAGUUCAUAAUGGCGGAGCUCAUCCAGACAGAGAAGGCGUACGUCAGAGACUUGAGGGAAUGCACAGAUACGUACCUGUGGGAGAUGAGCAGCGGCGUGGAGGAAGUCCCUCCUGGAAUCGUCAACAAAGAACACAUCAUCUUCGGCAACAUGCAGGAUCUCGACGAGUUCCACCACAACAUCUUCCUGAAGGAGCUGGAGAAGUACGAACAGCUGCCUGAAGACGUCGGCCACUGUUUCGUCACCUGGGCUGAUAAGUUCCAGAUGUAUGUGAACUACUGCAAGAAUAAGCCAGACUCAACACAACUCAUCCUGGAGCAUGCAGGAUCCUACUUUGAUGAAAUUCAACAGAGACACAGAUUGGCCAACUCCAUCUCCUCAUACCUCAUCAAACCAGUGCAGAGAAUAACCAAGUACCAGCUUCUGUUAAAGGAGCUCCUGACGUGCUGUGAAGAGGGGAAGGGAGAGAUCAAGGAUGGGCUGGAGGUGAUGCUGAGUGUCCCAAAGAGAGCUAACGACGCCAUGCACCUCAGCAUGAUGGAAGGGUUUGAUGGGAACCUGGAGUCGCAGGGGGAGCUGAUCGUUCAGGAGGCGUUCCAGGUGUGGGACCCCAAGACGUUGAUCCGCAAGGGGCGCGAGCGUCACCUCUUCCUGUUUGAGAUGUCCCUGGUCUUCAGCAAGGAGGUGAAGGACUCGUCCGGCCGCAGCAAGUACCUCUACAAGAGCAAGCUGUUUACCUCUGAGUUGGGGGUCACAGAGCAUGUGGAGGGAGACCCCUGCAAGUUUGCCCUCUGGAUGGGGAGGACCCCGUCCUCAGACAACAAGAUUGUCCUCAAGGCAUCCAGCCUAGAGAACAAGCAGGACUGGAUCAAGCACAUCCGUGAGGUGAUCCAGGAGCGCACCAUCCACCUGCGGGGGGCGCUAAAGGAGCCCAUCCACAUCCCUAAAGCCACUACCGCCAAGCACAAGGCCCGCAGGGACGGAGAGGAGCUGGACAGCCAGGGCGAGGGCAGUAGCCAACCAGACACCAUCUCCAUCGCCUCCCGCACCUCGCAGAACACAGUGGACAGCGACAAGCUCACUGGUGUCUGUCUGGUCGUCCCCCCUGCAGACACGCUGUCCGUGUCCAGCGGAGAGGCCCUCCACGCGGGCUCCAGCCACACGCUGGGCCCCCACAGCUCCCCGGGGGGCAGGCGCCCAGGCAACACCCUGAGGAAGUGGCUUACCAGCCCGGUCAGACGGCUCAGCUCUGGCAAGGCCGACGCUCACGUGAAGAAGCUGGCCCACAAGCACAAGAAGAACCGUGCGGACGGCCGCAAGAACGCAGACGCCCAGAAGGACUCGGACGACAGCGCGGCCACGCCCCAGGAUGAGACCCUUGAGGAGAGGAUGAGAAGUGAGGGGCUGAGCAGUGGAACCCUCUCCAAGUCCUCCUCCUCAGGGAUGCAGAGCUGCGGGGAGGAGGAGGGGGAGGAGGGGGCGGACUCUGUGCCCCUGCCGCCCCCCAUGGCCAUCCAGCAGCACAGCCUGCUGCAGGCCGACGCCCAGGACGACAAGGCUUCUUCCAGACUGGGGGGCAGACCAGGCAGCUCAGAGACUCCCAGUGCAGCUGAACUAGUCAGCGCCAUCGAGGGGCUGGUGAAGAGCAAGAUGUCGCUGGAGGACCGCCCCAGCUCCCUGCCCGUGCGACCGGAGGACGUCAGCAAGCCCUCCCUUUCCUCCCUCCUGUCCUCCUCCCCCCUGGACGACCAGGAGGAGCACAAGGCCGGCCUCCUCAAGAGGCGCCACUAUGUGUUGCUGGAACUGGUGGAGACUGAGAGAGACUACGUCAGAGACCUGGGGUCAGUGGUGGAGGGUUACAUAUCCAGAAUGAAGGAGGAAGGUGUUCCAGAUGACAUGAGAGGCAAAGAAAAGAUGGUGUUUGGGAACAUCCACCAGAUCUACGACUGGCACAAAGAGUUCUUCCUGGGUGAGCUGGAGAAGUGCCUGGAGGAUCCUGAUAGGCUGGCUGUGCUGUUUGUCAAACAGGAAAGGAGGCUGCACAUGUACAUCGUUUACUGCCAGAACAAGCCCAAGUCAGAGCACAUCGUGUCUGAAUACAUCGACACCUACUUCGAGGAGCUAAAGCAGCGUCUGGGUCACAGACUGCAGCUCACAGACCUUCUCAUCAAGCCGGUGCAGCGCAUCAUGAAGUACCAGCUCCUCCUCAAGGAUUUCCUCAAGUUUUCCAAGAAGGCUGGAGUAGAUACUGUUGAGUUGGAGAAAGCAGUGGAGGUGAUGUGUGUCGUGCCCAAAAGAUGCAACGACAUGAUGAAUGUGGGUCGACUGCAAGGCUUUGAGGGGAAGAUUGUAGCCCAGGGCCGUCUCCUUCUUCAGGACACAUUCAUGGUGUGCGACCAGGACAGUGGACUUCUCUCCAGGAUGAAGGAGAGGAGGGUCUUCCUCUUUGAGCAGAUAGUCAUCUUCAGCGAGCCGCUGGAUAAGAAGAAGGGCUACUCCACCCCCGGCUAUCUCUUCAAGAACAGCAUCAAGGUGAGCUGGCUGGGUCUGGAGGAGAGCCCAGACGACACGUCUAAGUUCACGCUGACGUCACGCUCCUCUAGUGGUGCGCUGGAGAACUUUGUUCUGCAGUCCCCCAGCUCUGCCGUCAGCCAGGUGUGGAUCCACCACAUCAGCCAGAUCCUGGAGAACCAACGCAACUUCCUCAACGCUCUGACAUCCCCUAUUGAGUACCAGAAGAACCACGUGGGCGGCGGCGGCGGCGCAGGAGCGCCCCCUAGCGGCAGCAUCUGCUCCGGCUCUGUCCUGGCCGGGGGGUCGUCCCUGUGCGGCCCCCGCUCCCGAGCCUCCCGCAUCCCCCAGCCCUCCUCCCGCCUGCCCCAGCCCGUCCACCACCACCAUCCCCCGGGCCCCGAGGGGCCCGACAGGACAGCAGGUACGUGGCCCCCCCACCUGCAGCCCCCUCCUGCCAGCCCCCACCCCCCUGAGGCCAGAGGGGGGGACCUGGAUCCCGCGGCCCCCAUGAUGAGGGUCCUGGAUGGCCCCCCCUGCAAUGGCAUGGUGUCUGGUGCAGAUGGCAGCCCCAAACAGGGGCACAAAGACCCCCCUCUAAACCCCCUCCCACAGAUGCCUGUGGCCCCGCUGAACACCAACCCCAGGGUUGGGACUGUCUCUCCCUUUCAAUCCCCCGUGUCCCCUGGAGGUCUUGGGAAGGACAGUCCCAUUGCGAGUAGCCCAACCCAGAAAGGCCCCUCUUACUGGGCCUCAGGCCCGGCCUCCCCAGCCAGCAGGCCUGGUUCCUUCUCCUGGCCCAGUGAUGGUGGGGACUCCCUGGGAUGGGGGAGCCAUGGUUACAGCCACCAUCGCCGCCAGUCUGCACACAGCAAGGACAUAGACCGGAUGAGCACCUGCUCAUCUACCAGUGAGCAGUCCAUACACUCCAUCCAGAGCAACGGGAGUGAAAGCAGCAGCAGCAGCGGUGUGUCCACCAUGCUGGUGACCCAGGACUACGCCGCGUUGAAGGAGGAUGAGAUCAGCGUCCUCCAGGGGGAGGUGGUCCAGAUGCUGGCCAGCAACCAGCAGAACAUGUUCCUGGUGUUCCGCGCCGCCACCGAGCAGGGCCCGGCGGCCGAGGGCUGGAUCCCCGGCCACGUGCUUGGACACACCUCCCCCGUCUCCCCCGAACAUCCCGAAGGCACCGUCAAAAAAUGGUCGUCGUGGCACACGGCCCUCCGUUUGAGGAGGAAGACAGAGAAGAGAGACAAGGACACCGCCAAGGAGAACGGCUACCGUAGAUCUCACAACAGUCUGGCUACUAAAGUGUCUGUCAAGCUUCUGAAUCCCAACUACAUAUAUGAUGCAGUGCCUCCAGAGUUCCUCCUGCCUCUGAGUGACGUGGUAUGCGCGUGCCGAGAGAGCGUCACUCUCAGGGGGAAGGUGUGUGGCCUCCCCCGAGCCGCCGUGUCCUGGAGAGGGCCUGACCACACGCCGCUGCCCAGCAACGGACGCUUCUGCCUGGGGCACAGUGACACCGGUGAGGUCACCUUGGAGAUCCUGGAGGUGUGUGAGGAGGACGGGGGGGUGUACACCUGCAUCGCCAGCAGUGCAGCGGGAACCACGUCCUCCUCCGCCAGGCUCCGAGUGUCAGAUGUCAACAACAUUGGGAGAGACGUUCUUUGGAAGACCAACUUUGAGUUGUUCUACACUGAGACCACGGAACUGGGCAGGGGCAGGUUCUCGGUGACCCGGCGCUGUGACCAGUGUGGCGGCUGGGGCAGCGUAGCGGCUAAGCACGUGAACAAGCGUCUGCAGCGGCGGGAGCAGGUGCAGCGGGAGGUGCUGCUCCUGCAGGAGCUGGAGCACCCCCACCUGGCCAGGCUGCUGGACACCUACGAGACCCCCACCAGCUACGUGCUCAUCCUGGAGAUGGCUGACCAGGGCCGCCUGCUGGACCACAUCGUGAGCUGGGGCAGCCUGACGGAGGAGAGGGUGGCUCUGUACCUGAGAGACAUCCUGGAGGCCCUGUGCUACCUGCACAGCUGCAGGGUAGCCCACCUUGACCUGAAGCCAGAGAACAUUGUGGUAGAAAACACCUCCGUUCUUCCCGUGGUCAAGCUGACGGACUUUGGCGACGCGGUCCAGCUGGACUCCUCCCAGCACGUCCACCCUCUGUUGGGCAGUCCCGAGUUCUCCUCCCCUGAGCUGGUCCUGGGCCUGCCUGUCUCUCUGACCUCUGACCUCUGGAGCCUGGGUGUGUUGACCUACGUGCUGCUGAGCGGUGCCUCCCCCUUCCUGGACGACAGCGUGGAGGAGACCUGCGUCAACAUCUGCCGCCUGGACUUCAGCUUCCCUCCGGACUACUUCUCCGGGGUGAGCCGGGCGGCGCGGGACUUUGUGCGCCUGCUGCUGCAGGCGGAGGCGGGGCGAAGGCCCUCGGCGGACGCUUGCCUGCAGGAGCCCUGGCUGCAGCCGCACGCCGGGCCCCGCCCCCCCGGCCACCUGGACACGUCCCGCCUGGUGUCCUUCAUGGAGCGGAGGAGGCACCUGAACGACGUCCGCCCCGUGGCCAGCAUCAAGGCCUUCCUGCACAGCCGACUUCUCAACGCUGUGUGACCGGCCACACCGACCACCGCGUUAAUGAUCUCAUCGUCCCCCAACUCGCCACCAAGGAUCCUGCUGCUGCCUGCUGAUCCCCCCCCCCCCUCCCUGCCUCCCCUAUCCCACAAUCCCUCUAAACUCCCCCCUGCCUCCCCCCACCAACUUGCGGAGUCAUGGUUUUAUCCUGACUUGCAAACAAACAGUUUGAGACUUCUUAAAGACUUGACUAACAGGGAGAAGAAAGCGUUGGGAGGAGCCUAUGGUGAAGGACCCUCUUGUUUGGACAGUUUCUUUAAAAUAAACGUGUGUUUUCGGUUGAACACAAGAGAAAUGUCUUUUUGUAAUGAGAGAUUACUUUUUGUAAAGAUAAUGUAUAGUAAAGUAACAGAGAACUUUAUUCAUAUCUUGUCAAGAACAGAGGUUCGGAAAUGAUCAAAACAAGUUGACACCUGAACAGUACAGGUGAUGUAGAUUAACUUUGGAAUAACCUCACAUUUACCGGUUGGAGACCAAAAUCAUGUUUCAGAUAAAUCGUUGAAAGUCUUGGCCUUGCUUCUUGUGUGGGCCUAGAAUCAUUUGAAAGAUAAACUAUUUUAGUGACACUUGUACAACUUAUGACAAACAAUAAAAGCUUCAACAGCUAUUAUAAGUCAGAUAUUUCUUCAGAUUUCUAAUGCAUCAGCCUUACUUUGUAAAGAAAGUGUUCCUGCCUUCAUUCUCAUUUGAAGACUCACAGUUGCUGCUUCAGCUGAGUGGUUAGGUUGACCAGUGGGAGAACACUUUCAUGGGGGUUAAGGAUCAGGUGAGGGUUCCGGUGAGGGUUAGGUUUCAGGUUAGGUUUGGGGAAGACUUUGGGUUCAGGUUUAGAAAUUGAGGAUAGGGUUAAGGUUCAUUGUUAUGGUUCAGGUAAAGGGGUUAAAGGGUCAGGUUAAGGUUAGGUUUAGGGUUUGGAUUAAGAGUUUGGGAAUCAGGUUAGGGUUAAGGUUCAUGUUUAGGGUUACGGUUGAGAGGUUAGGGUUCAGGUUCAUUGCUAGGGUUGCAAGGUUAGGGUUCAAGGGGAAGUAGCUCCCCUUUGCUCUAGUUUUAUAGCAGCACUCAUUACUAAAUUUUAUUAUCCAUGCACUCAUACUUUUCACAAAUUUCUCAUGUGCAAUGUUGCAGCUUUAAUGUUUAUGCAACUAUUUAUUACGGCUUGUGUUGUAGCAGGAUUCUAACAAGGCAUGUUCCUGAUACUGCAAUAGAUGUCUGUAUUGUGUUACUUUUUCCUGUAUUAAGUUCAGUAUUAAUAUAUUGAAACCUCAACACGGGUUUCUGAAAAUAAUGUAAGAAUGGUAUUUGUAAAGGCACUUAUGUUUGUCAUUGUUCGAUUUUCCUGUAACUAUACCAAAGUUAAUCAUGAUUUUUCCCCUCUUGAAACGUGUUACGAUUGGAUCAUGUUAAGUUAUGACAACCACACUGAACUUACACAUGGCUGUUUGCAUUUAUUCGUUGUGGCAUUAUUUAUUACUAUUGUUAGUCGUUUAGUGCCUGUAACUGAAUAAUGUAAUGAACUUUUAAAACACCACGUUGUGCACAAAGUAGUGAUUUGCUGUGCAAGUUGGUUUGGCUUUAGGUUCUGUAUUUCGUAUGUGUUGAUAUGAUUUGCUUCCUGAGCUAAUGUAAGACUUACACGUGUUUGGUUUGGGAGAAAACUUCUCCAGAACUAUAAUAGUAACAAUAAUAAUUGUAAUAAAAUAAUAAUAAUAAUAAUAACAAUAAGAAUAUAAACAUUUCAAUAACUCUGAGUAAGAUGCAACACACACCUCACUCCACCUUCUCUAAGGGAGUUGGCCACUGCAGAGAGAGAGACUGUGGGAGAGGACGCUGUUCAAAUGUCCACGAGUGGCUGUAGCUCAGUGGUUAGAGCAUUUAACAGCAGAAUAAGAGGUCUUAGGUUCAAAUCCCCCUCUGUUCGUGGCUUUGAAUGAAAGUGUCUGCAUAAUGAACAUGUUGCUGUUGUCAUGUCAGAGAAGCUAAGCUCUGAGUGGCUGUGAACUCGUACGUUUGUUAUUUAUUCAUGUGUAAAGCUGUACAGCUAAGAAACUGACUCGGCCAACCUGGAUGGCACAUCUUCAUUUUGUAUACGUCAUUUUGAAUGUUUUACUAUGACUUUUGCAUGUAUAUUAAUUUGUACAGAAAAAGGAAUAUUGUGUUUACAGAUUACAUGAUGUAUAUAUUUAUUUCUGUCCUCACUUAUUUUGCCAUUAAACAUAUGGAACAUAACAAAUGGGGAGUUUUGUAUUUCAGAACAUAACCAUUGACACAUCCCGAUGUUAGGUCCUUGUUGUUGUUGUUCUCAUGUCACACUAACACCUUGUGCACAAAUAACACCUCUGCAAGCUGUGGGAGAUCUCAAGGACGAUAAGGAGCAACUUUCUGAUCUUGUCUCAUACCUGCAGCUGUGAGUUCUCCCAAGAUGAUUCACAGCUUUUUUUUCAGAUAGGUGAAGACUGUUUUCUGUUUCCCUAACUUCCUGUAUGUCCUCCCUCUGUCUUCUCAAAGGCAGCCCACAGUUUACAACUGCCCCAGGGUUGCCAGGUUUAUAACUAGCCCACGGUUAUCAAGUUUAUAACUAGCCCAGGGUUAUCAAGUUUAUAACUAGCCCAGGGUUAUCAAGUUUAUAACUAGCCCAGGGUUGCCAGGUUUAUAACUAGCCUAGGGUUAUCAAGUUUAUAACUAGCCCAAGGUUUCCAGGUUUAUAACUAGCCCAGGGUUGCCAGGUUUGUAACAAGCCCAGGGUUGGACAAUGUUCAUACGUUCCACAGACCAGGGUUAGCAAACACUGAAUAUGCCAAACUAAUGAUUCUAUUAACAAUUUAAAUCAAGAGAUUUAGGGUCCUUUUGAAACACAGAUCUUAUUUCAGUGGAGCUCUGCUUACGCACAAUCCAUCAACAAUAGAAACACAAAUACGUCAAUGACAAAAGAUCUCCCCUUUCUUUCAUACGUUUUCAUCCAUACAUUAUUAUACAUGACAUAGUGUAGUAACUAACAUAUGCCAGGUGUUUGACACAGUGAGAAAAGCAUGUUCACUGUUCCUGGUCGUUGUCAUUUGCAUGCAGGAAACUGUGAAAGAUGGCAUACUUAUUAUGUGCCUCUACCUUAUCAGGUGUGAAAACUUCUAAGAUUUUCUUAGAAUGGAAGCAGAAGCACUUUGCAUUAAACUAACCACCGACGUGCAGAGUGGUGUAUGAGCUUCCUAACUGACAAACCAUGCGUAAAUCACAGACAAGCUUAAAUGGGUUAAAAUAUGUAUACAUCACAUUAAUGGUUAUUUAACUAAUAAAAGAAAAUAAGGUUAAACGUGGGUGAUUACAGGAUUUAAGAAGUAAAUGAAAUAAACUCUGACCUCUAUUUCUAAUAAAAUAUGAUCAUUUUUAUAAUAAAAGGGUGUUUGAAAGUUAAGACAUCACUAUCUCAAUCUAGAAUGUAAGUCGUUUAAAAAGUUGACUUUGUCAAGCUGAAGGAGCUGGAGGGUGAUGUGGAACUUCUGAAGCAGGAAAUGUUCCAAAAACAAUGUGACAUGGACAAAACAAUGGAAUAUUGCAAGAUAAUAGCCAACGUCAGUGAACACUUCAAUCACUCCAAAAAUAUGUAUUUCUGUAUUUAGCCUUUAUUUAGCCAGUCAUUAAGGACACUUUCUUAUUUACAAAGGCAGCCUGGCCGCUUGAGAGGAAGAUGGGAAAGGGCUGCAAGAUAAAUAAAAAAGAACACAUUUAAAAAAAGCUUUAAAAGCUUUUAACGUACACAACAGUAACUACAUGCCAAGACGUUAAAGAAGUCACAAGGAGGUAACAGGCAGCAACAGAAAACCUAAAGGCAGAGUCACAUGGAGGACACAAGGCUGUAUAUAGGACACUAUAUAAGACACACACAAACACAUGAAGGCAGUAUAUAGGAGACUAUAUAGGACACACACAAACACAUGAAGGCAGUAUAUAGGAGACUAUAUAGGACACACACAAACACAUGAAGGCAGUAUAUAGGAGACUAUAUAGGACACACACAAACACAUGAAGGCAGUAUAUAGGAGACUAUAUAGGACACACACAAACACAUGAAGGCAGUAUAUAGGAGACUAUAUAGGACACACACAAACACAUGAAGGCAGUAUAUAGGAGACUAUAUAAGACACACACAAACACAUGAAGGCAGUAUAUAGGAGACUAUAUAAGACACACACAAACACAUGAAGGCAGUAUAUAGGAGACUAUAUAAGACACACACAAACACAUGACAUACCCACAGCAAAGCACUAGGGGAUACAAACAAAGUGAAAUAUCUCAAAAAGAACAUGUGGACAGGAAAUAGUUCAGUAGGUGUGAAAACAUGUGUCUGUGACUACAUUCUUGAUUGAACCUUUAAUGGCAGACAGGGUGACACAUUUAUCAAAGUUUCAGAAAGUUUUGUCAGGUUUUGUUCCAGCCAGUGGCUGCAACAGACAUGUUGACACACCAAGAGAGGUUUCAGAUUCAGGGACUUUUAACUGAAUACAGUUUACUCUAUGUAUGGUUCUUUUCUUAGAGAUUACAAGUGAAAGGUUUGUCUUUGGAUUUGUCCUGAAUUGAUUAUAUUGAGUGGUUAUCAUCAUGGAAUAUAAAUAUUCUUCACCUCUGGCACACUGUAGCAGGCAGAUAACACUGUGUUUCCGGAUCUUCACUUAUCUAGGUGGCCUACCAAGCCAACCACUCAAUCAUUUCCUGUCAGACUACAUUCACACUACAGUGUAUAUGGCCCCAGACUGCGAGAUGGUUCAUGCUAACCUGUGGUAAAGGUUGUUUAACCCUGAACCAGCAUUGCAUUCAAUGUUUGGCUUCAACUCAUGUUCUUUUCGUCUUUUUUAUGUUCAGCCCUUGGAGAUGUAUGCUCUCAGCACCCCUAAAAAUAAUAAUAAAAAAAUGAAAAGUAUUAUUGUUUAUUAUCAUUUGAUGUUGGUAGUUC